UAAUGAGAUCAGCUGAUGUGUGUCUUCCUCCCAGGAGCGGCGAUCGAAGCGGCGCCGCCCCCCCCGCCCCCCCCGCCACCGCCAUCGCCCCCGGUGACCUCUGACCUGCAGCCGUUCGUCCUGCAGAGCGUCACGUGGAAGUACUUCACGUGCACGGCGUGCGGCAAGUCCUUCACGUCCCAGAGCAACCUGAAGACCCACUACCGCAUCCACACCGGCGAGAAGCCGCACGCCUGCGCCGUGUGCGGCCGAGCCUUCCGCCUGAUGGCGGGCCUGAGGAACCACGCCGCCACGCACACCGGCGAGCGCCCGCACCAGUGCCCCACCUGCGGGAAGUGCUUCACCAAGCCGGCGCAGCUGAAGACGCACGCCGUGGUGCACACCGGCGAGAAGCCCUACGCCUGCGAGGCGUGCGGCAAACGCUUCAACGUGCUGCAGAACCUGCACCGCCACGAGCACACGCACACCGGCAAGAAGAUCUUCGUGUGCGGCGUCUGCGGCAAAGGCUUCACCCGCGCGGUCACGCUGAAGACGCACAAGCUGAUCCACACCGGGGAGAAGCCGCUGAAGUGCGAGCUGUGCCCCAAGACCUUCCGGCACGCCAUCAACCUGAAGAACCACCAGAAGAUCCACAGCGGCCUCAGGCCGCACAGCUGUGAGCUCUGCGGCAAGAGCUUCAGACAGUCGGUCAACCUCAAGAUCCACAGGCGGAUCCACACCGGCGAGCGCCCGUUCAGCUGCCAGGAGUGCGGCAAGGCGUUCAGCCAGCAGAGCAGCCUGAUCACGCACGGCCGCACGCACUCCAAGGAGCGCCCGUUCAGCUGCAGCUACUGCGACAAGAAGUUCAACAACAGCAACAGCCUGAAGCUGCACCUGCGCGUGCACACCGGCGAGAAGCCGUACGGCUGCGACAUCUGCGGCAAGACGUUCAGCCAGUGCAGCCACCUGCGCACGCACAAGAGGCACAUCCACGCCGGAGGCAAGCAGUUCAUCUGCGACAAGUGCGGGAAGACGUACUCGGACCGGAGGAACCUGAAGCUGCACAAGUGCGGCUACGCGUGAACGGAGACGCUAAAAUCAGCCGUUUCUUCAGUGGAGUCUGGCACAGGCAACAUUAAAAAUGUAAUGUUAUUAAAUAAUGUUUUGUCAGAGAUAAAGUAUCCGAGUUUCUCAAAGUCAAAGCUGUUUAAUAUGAUACAAAAGAGAGAAGAAAUCACCACAUUUUAGAGGCUGAAAACAGCCUUUUUAGCAUGAAAAAUAACUUGAAUCGAUUAUCAAGAAGAAUCUACAAGCAGGAAUAGAGACGUUAAAUCAGCCGUUUCUUCAGUGGAGUCUGGCACAGGCAACAUUAAAAAUGUAACGUUAUUAAAUAAUGUUUUGUCCGAAAUAAAAUAUCAGAGUUUCUCAAAGUCAAAGCUGUUUAAUAUUAUACAAAAGAGAGAAGAAAUCACCACAUUUUAGAGGCUGAAAACAGCCUUUUUAGCAUGAAAAAUAACUUAACUCUACCUGCAGGAAUAGAGACGUUAAAUCAGCCGUUUCUUCAGUGGGGUCUGGCACAGGCAACAUUACAACUUUGAAUGUUAUUAAAUAAUGUUUUGUCCGAAAUAAAGUAUCCGAGUUUCUCAAAGUCAAAGCUGUUUAAUAUGAUACAAAAGAGAGAAGAAAUCACCACAUUUUAGAGGCUAAAAACAGCCUUUUCUGCCUUUUUUUUGCAUGAAAAAUAACUUGAAUCGAUUAUCAACAAGAAUUACGAGCAGGAAUAGAGACGUUAAAUCAGCCGUUUCUUCAGUGGAGUCUGGCACAGGCAACAUUACAACUUUGAAUGUUAUUAAAUGUUUUUUUUGUGUCCACGGUAGAAUUGACUUUAUCCUUUUUGAGAUUGUGGACAGGCGGCAUCACAGUUUCUCAAAGUCCAAGAUAUUCAAUGUCAUGUUUUGUUAAAAAAACAAACUCAAAGCUAUUCAGUUUAAUAGGACCUAAAUCUGAAAAGAGCAGGAUAUUUCUGAAGCUGCACAAGUGCGACUAUGCAUUUAAAAUCAGCCGUUUCUUCAGUGGAGUCUGGCACAGGCAACGUUACAACUCAAAUGUUAUUAAAUGGGUUUUUUGUGUCCACGAUAGAAUUGACUUUCUCCUUUUAGAUUGUCGACAGGCGCCUUGGUGUGCUGAGUGCGACUGGGCGUGAGUUUGGCCGACAGAAGUUGAGCGUCACGCUGCAACGACACUUAAAAACAACUAACGAUUAAUAUCUAUAUAAUGUUUGGUCUAUAAAAUGUCGGAAAAUAGAGAAAAAUGUCCAUCACAGUUUCUCAAAAGUCCCAAGUUUUUAAAUGGCAGGUUUUGUCCAAAAAAAACCCAAAGCUGUUCAGUUUAAUAUGACAUAAAGCUGAAAAGAGCAGGACAUUUCUGAAGCUGCACAAGUGCGACUACGCGUGAACAAAGACGCUAAAAUCAGCCGUUUCUUCAGUGGAGUCUGGCACAGGCAACAUUAAAAAUGGAACCUUAUUAAAUAAUGUUUUGUCCGAAAUAAAAUAUCAGAGUUUCUCAAAGUCAAA